GACCUUUCGGCUCGCGCCGUGCGGGUGCCGGGGUGGCCGCCGCCUCGGGACAGGAGGCCGCGCCGCCGCCGCCGCCCGGGUCCGCGGCCGGUGGGCCGAUGGUGCCGGCUGCAGCGCCCUUUCCAUGUGGUGGUCACUGCAUCCACGCCACGGCAGCGGGAUCAGUACCGCGACUUGGUGCGGCGGCGCACGGACGCGGGGCUGUACCCGCCAGAGCUAAAGUUCUUCUUCUGCAACGACCCGCAGGCUGGGCGAGUGGGCAGUGGCGGCGGAACGCUCUUGGCGUUGGUGGAGCUCUACCGCCACGAGAGCGGCACCGCAGGGGCGAUCGACCCUGCCAAAGCCGCGGAGUUUUACGGCGCCCGCCGCGUGCUGGUCCUGCACGCGGGCGGCGAAAGCAGGAGGCUGCCCUGCUACGUGCCAGAGGGCAAGUUGUUCGCGCCGCUGAGCCUGCCGACGGAAGUGUGCGGCGCCCCGUGCCCGCCGGUGGUGCUCGACAUCGUGCUCCAGCUGUACUUCAAGUACCCCUGGGCGAAAGGCGAGGUCAUCCUGGCCUCCGGGGACGUGAUCGUCAACUUCGACGUGAGGGAGUUCUCGGAGGCGGAGUCUGCCGGGAAGUUCCUGCGCGGAGACAUCUGCGGCUUCGGCAAGGGCACCUCCUUCGAGCAGGGCAGCCGCCACGGCGUCUUCGCCUUCGACAACGCCUCCGCCCGGGAGGGGGUCCCCACGCUGGCCGUCCGCGACUUCCACCAGAAGUCGCCGCCAGAGGUGCUCGCCCGCGAGUGCGCCGCCACGGCGGACCCGACGAAGUGCGCCGUGGACACCGGCAUCUUCUCCCUCGGCCCGCGGUGGGUCGGCGCCUUCCUCGAGCUCGCCGCCGCUCCGCUGCCCGGGCCCGAGGCCAUGACCGUGCUGGACGCGGUGGAGGCCUCCAAGCUCUUCUUCGACUUCUACCUGGAGUGCGUCACCGCGAGCCUGCUCGGCCAGAGCGCGGAGGCCUUUGUGGGCCGCAUGGCCGCCGGGGGCAGCAAGAUGGCGCCGGCGCAGCUGGAGCUGAUGCACCGGCACCUCUCGCCGCUGGAGCUCCGAGGCGCCAUGGUGGCGGGCGGGGCCUUCCUGCACUUCGGGACGGUCACGGAGUUCCCUGACUCCUCCGUGGCCGCGGUGGAGCAGGUUCGGAUGCAACCCCUGGGAGGUCAAAUUCUGACUUUGCCCUGGUCCGAAACCUGGUUUCUACCGGCUCAUUCCCGCUCGAUCCCGCUGAAUCCGGCCAGAUCCCGCUUAUAAUCCGCGGCCCGAGCCGGCGCAGUAGCCCCCUGAUCGGGCUCAGUCUUCCUUCUUCUUUCCGACGAAGAC